AUGACUGAUGCUCCUUUCGAGUUCUUGCCCCUGGGCGCCAUCCUCCAGUCCUUCAAGGUCAAGGGAACCAACAUCGUCCAGGGCUUCCCAACCCAGGACCUCUACGAGAAGCACAACUCGCCUUACUUUGGCGUCACCGUCGGUCGGGUCGCGAACCGCCUCGAGAAUGCACAGCUCAAGUCGCUCAACGGCGGCCAGACCUACAAGCUCGCCGCCAACGACGGCGGCAACAACCUGCACGGCGGCAACAAACCCUGGAGCAAGCGUGUGUGGGAGGGCCCCAAGCCCGUCGGCACUCGCGAGAUCCCCGGCGUCGAGGGUCUCAAGGGCGGCGAGAGCGUCGAGUUCUCGCUCACCAGCGAGGACGGCGACGAGGGGUUCCCUGGCACCGUCAAGGCCACCGUGAUCUACACCGCCGGCACCCAGGAAGUCGACGGCAAGGAGGUUUCCGUGCUGGGCAUGGAGUACGAGGCGAAGCUGGUCGACGGGGCCGACGAGACGGCCAUCAACAUGACGAACCACUCCUACUUCAACCUCACGGGCGACGAGACCUUUGCCGGCACCAUCGCCACGCUGGCGACUAACGCCUACCUGCCCCGCGAGAACGGCAUCCCGACCGGCGGCCCCGCGCCGUUCCCCGGCAUCGAGGGCGGCAAGGCCUUCGAGCUCGGCGUCGACGGCCCCGAGGUCGACGACUGCUUCAUCGUCAACGAGAAGCCCGACUCCGUGCCCAUCGACACGCGCAAGGAGCCGCUGAAGCUCCACGUGCACGCGAAGCACCCCAAGAACGGCGUCAACCUCGAGGUCCUCAGCACCGAGCCCGCUUUCCAGUUCUACACCGGCGAGGGCAUCGACGUGCCCGCCGUCGAGGGCGCGCCGGCGAGGGGCAAGAGGAGCGGAUUCUGUGUUGAGCCGAGCCGGUGGGUGAACGCGAUCAAUGUGGACGGGUGGAAGAGCCAGAUGUUGCUGAAGAAGGGCGAGACUUAUGGAACGCGCAUCGUGUACAAGGCUUGGAGCGACUGA